AUCACUUUUUUGGUUAUCGCGAGAACGUGCUACUUCCUUUUCCCUUUUCGCUUCGAAUCCAAGAUGGGAGUGGAUAUUAGACACAACAAGGACCGCAAGGUUCACAGGAAGGAGCCCAAGAGUGAGGAUAUAUACCUGAGACUCUUGGUCAAGCUUUACAGGUUUCUGGCUCGUCGCUCCAAUGCUCCCUUCAACAGGGUUGUCCUCAAGAGGCUCUUCAUGAGCAGGACAAAUCGGGCCCCUCUCUCCAUUGCCCGCCUGAUUCGCAAGAUGAAGCUUGGUGGUCGUGAGAAUAAGACUGCUGUUGUUGUGGGGACGAUAACUGAUGAUGUCAGGAUUCAGGACAUCCCCAAACUCAAGGUGUGUGCCUUGAGGGUAACAGAGGGGGCUCGACGCAGGAUCCUGAAUGCUGGUGGACAGAUCAUGACCUUUGACCAGUUGGCUUUGGCUGCACCUAAGGGUCAAGGCACUGUGCUACUCUCAGGACCUCGCAAGGCUAGAGAGGUAUAUAGGCAUUUUGGAAAAGCCCCUGGAACUCCCCACAGCCACACCAAGCCUUACGUCCGCUCCAAGGGCAGGAAGUUCGAGCGAGCUCGUGGUCGCAGGGCCAGCCGAGGCUACAAGAACUAGUUAACAACCAUGGCUACAAGAACGGUGGCUCUUGUCUGUGUCAUCAUCUGGCAGUGUGUUGCAAUAAAGAUGUGGAACAGUC